CGCAUUCACGAUGCGCGUCAAUCACUGGUAGGAAAUAUAUCAUGGACUGCGAGGAGCGAACACACUUCGUACCUCCCACUCUGCAUACAACCAUUUUAUACCCACUUUGCUAGAUGGCCGAUCGUUUCAAGAACCUGGCGAAGAAUGGCUGGCAUCCGGAGAAGAGUGCGGCAAGCAGCUCAAGCAGCUCUGGUGGGCAGAGCGAGUCGAAGCUCGGCCAAGUGAAAGGUUGGGUGGGCAAGGCGCAGGGCAAAGACACACAUGCAGCAGCCGCUCUUGAACACCAGGCCACGCCAUUAUCGUCGCUGAAAGACCCCUCGAGCUUUGCGCCUCCACCGAAACGAGUAAACUACACUGCAGGCCCCGUGGCACCCUCAAGUACACGCACACCCACGACAGCCGCUGCACCGCCUCCUACAAAUUCUACUGCAAGACCGGCCCCAAGGCCCCCACCACGAUUACCUCCACGCCAAAACUCCAACCCCGAUGCAUAUGCGCCUCCUCCCCCACCAACAUACAAUGAAGCGACGCAGCAGGGGACGCCUUCACAAGGAGUGCUGAACCAGGGGGCGCUGGGGCGGCUAGGACAAGCUGGCGUCUCUGUGCCUGGGUUUGGAAUUGGCCGCACUGCCUCUCCUCCAGUGCCGGCUCGUCAAAUGGCAUCGCCUCCAGUACCCUUUCGCGAAAGCUCAGCGGCAAAAGCGCCCACACCACCUCCUGCUUCGGCUGGCCACGGAUCUCAAAUGAACGAACUGCAGAACAGGUUCGCGAAGAUGUCGACACCAGCGUCAGGGACUGCAGCAGCGCCUUCUGCAGGCACGUCGUGGGCAGACAAGCAAGCGACGCUGCGAACCGCUGCGAAUCUGCGUGACGACCCGUCGAAGGUGUCAGCCUCAGACCUCAGAGGCGCAGCAUCCACGGCGAAUAAUUUCCAGCAGCGACACGGCGAACAGGUGUCGUCCGGAUGGAAGGCUGCGAGCGGGCUGAAUCAGAAAUACGGCAUCGCUGGCAGGGUGAACCAGUUCGCUUCAUCAUCGAGCACAGCACCCGCAGCGCCGCAGUCACCUACACAGAGUAGUGUCCCGGGAGGCAGCAUGAUAGCUGGAGGGAAGAAGAAGCCACCGCCCCCACCCCCACCCAAGAAGAAAGAGCUAAGCGCAGGCGAGCCACCCCCAAUUCCCCUGGGCAGCAAACCGAAGUUCUAGCUCUAUUGACUUGUAUAUUUUUUUACCUUGAUCAUACCUAGCCUUGUAAAUAGAAUCCAAACUAUACCCCGCUG